AUGGUCCCCCCGCCCCCCACCAACAAGCCCCACGUGUGCCUGUCCACCAUCCUCAUCAUGAGCAGUAUGGCGCUCAUAGACGCCUACCUGGUCGAACAGAACCACGGACCACGCAAAAUCGGGAUCUGUAUAAUGGUCAUGGUGGGCGAUAUCUGUUUUCUGAUCGUUUUGCGUUACGUGGCGGUUUGGGUGGGCGCCGAAGUCAGGACAGCCAAACGAGGCUACGCUAUGAUACUUUGGUUCCUGUAUAUAUUCGUUCUGGAGAUUAAAGUCUACUUUGUGUACCAAAACUACAAGGCGGACCGGAAAAGCUUGGACGCGCUUGCGAGGAAAGCAUUGACGUUACUGCUAUCGAUAUGCAUACCCGUUUUGUUCGUCGUACUUGUCGCUAUUGACCACAUGGAGUACGUUCGCGCUUUUAAAAAACGUGAGGAAAUUCGGAACAGACUCUUCUGGGUGGUGGUGGACCUGUUGGACAUUUUGGACAUCCAAGCUAAUCUUUGGGAGCCUCAAAAGAAGGGGCUACCUCUUUGGGCUGAAGGCUUGAUGUUUUUCUAUUGCUACAUAUUGCUAUUGGUGCUGCCAUGUGUUUCUCUGAGUGAAAUUAGCAUGCAGGGUAUCAACAUCGUCCCACAUAAGAUGCUCCUGUACCCCAUUUUGAGCUUGGUCACCAUCAACGUCAUUACCUUAUUUAUCCGAGGGGGGAAUAUGAUCUUAUAUCGAGACAACAGGGUAUCCGGGAUCUUGAUCGGCAAAAACAUUCUGGCAAUUAUAAUAAAGACAUGCAGUUUUGUUCAGUACAGAAGACAGUUACAAAACGCACCUCCGGCAUUUGGGGUUGAACUGCAGAAGAACUCAGUGUCCCACCAGGCCCGCCCAGCUCCCACCCCCCCUCAAGUGGUCAUGCAGGAGCAGACCCCCCUCCCCGAAGUGACCACAUGUGAGCAUACAUGA